AUGCUAAUGCUCUCUCCUGGUUCGCCAAAGUUUGUGAAGUUAAGAGAGGGGGAAAAGGGAAAUCUUUUCCAGCUGAUAAGUGUUACAAAUGCUCAGGGAAGCUGUGAAGAUGGCCCUUGCUAUCCAACCCUUGGGGAUCUUCUAGUAGGGCGCAGUAAACAGCUGUCAGCGUCAUCAACAUGUGGACAGAAUGAGCCUCAGAGAUACUGUAUUCUCAGCUACCUGGAGGAUGAUGAAAAAUGUUUUACCUGUGAUUCCAGGUAUCCAUAUAAUCCAUACUCUCAUCCCAAUAGCCAUGAGAUUGAAAAUGUUAUUACAGCGUUUGAUCCAGAGUGGAAAAAGAAAUGGUGGCAAUCAGAAAAUGGAGUUGAUUAUGUCAGCAUUAGACUGGACCUAGAAACAUUAUUUCAAUUCAGCCAUCUUGUAAUGACCUUCAAGACAUUUCGACCUGCUGCCAUGCUGGUAGAGCGAUCACGGGACUUUGGAAAAACGUGGAAAGUGUUUAGAUAUUUUGCUCAAAACUGUGCUUCAUCUUUUCCUGGCAUAUUGCAAGGUCAUGCUGAUGAAAUAGGGGAUGUAGUUUGUGAUUCACGUUACUCUGACAUGGAACCAUCUACCGAAGGGGAGGUGAUUUUAAAGGCCCUUGAUCCCAGUUUUGAUAUUGAUGAUCCUUACGACUCCUACAUACAAGAUAUCAUUACCAUAACAAAUAUAAGAAUCAAUUUUACAAAACUUCAUACUCUUGGUGAUACAUUGGGUAAUGGAUGGCAAAGUGUGACCCAAGAAAAAUAUUACUAUGCAGUUUAUGAAAUGAUUGUAAGAGGAAACUGCUAUUGCAAUGGGCAUGCUAGUCAGUGUGUCCCUGUACAGAACAUGAGAGGUGAUGUCUUCAAUCAGUCUGCAAUGGUUCAUGGUAAAUGUGUCUGUCAGCAUAACACAGAUGGCCUAAACUGUGAGAAAUGUAAAGAAUUUUAUAAUGAUGCUCCAUGGAGUCCAGCAGUUGGUUUUGAGGAUAAUGCCUGCAGGAAGUGCAAUUGUAAUGGACACUCUGACAAAUGUCACUUUGACAUGUUGGUAUACCAGGAAAACAACAGCACUAGUGGUGGUGUGUGUGAGGACUGCCAGCACAAUACUAAGGGAAAUCAGUGUGAGCUAUGCAAGCCAUACUUCUACCAUGACCCUCUCAGAGACAUAUCUGACCCAAACACUUGUAUUGCCUGUGACUGUGAUCCGGAUGGAACGGAAGGUAACGGAUUAUGUCAGUGUCACACAGAUCACAGAUUGGGGAUAAUUGCUGGGACAUGCUUAUGCAAAGAAAAUGUAGAAGGAAUCCGCUGUGAUCAAUGUAAACCUGGCUAUUUUGGACUGAGUGCCACUGAUCCAGCGGGCUGUCAAUAUUGUAGCUGCAACCCCUUUGGAAUUCUGCUUUCCUCGGUUUGUGAUGUUUUUACUGGGCAGUGCCAAUGUCAGAGUCUUGCGACGGGUCUAUACUGUGAUGAAUGUCUUCCUGGUUACUGGGGCCUUGGGAACAGCCUGUAUGCUUGUUCUGCUUGCAACUGUGAUAUUGGAGGUGCACAUAGUAGUGUAUGCUAUCAGAGUACUGGUGCGUGUGACUGCCUUCCUAACAUCAUAGGACUUCAGUGUAACCAGCCUGAAAAUGGAUAUUACUUCGUCCCACUUGAUUAUUACAUCUAUGAAGCAGAGAAAGCCCAAGCCCUCUCUGGAUCAGCAACCAUAGUACAGCCAACACCUAUGCCGAAGUGCAAAGAAUUUUUCCUUAAACAAGGAAUAGAUUUUCGAUUUGAAAAUGACAGAAUAAUACUUAAGACAAUGGAGAAAAGAAGUCUGCGAGGAAGACGGCAGGCACAGGAAAUUCUUCCUUAUGGCUCUGAAGGUGUUGUGGAGUUGGUCUUACGCAAGCCAACUCCCGGCACUCCAGUGACUUGGACAGGACCUGGAUUUGCACGAGUUCUAAAUGGGGCUGGACUGAGAUUUGCUGUCAACAACAUCCCAUUCUCCAUGGAGUUCAUCAUUGCAAUCCGAUAUGAGCCUGAGUUAUUGGAAGACUGGACAGCAAGAAUAGUGGUCAACCUGCCAAAGGAUGUAGUGAGUGAACACUGCAAGCAUAGGACAGAUCAGGCUCAGGGAUAUACCUUACAUCUUCCUGCUACUUCCAGGUUAGCUCUACUUAACACAUCUAUAUGCUUGGAUCCAAAAGCAGAAUACUUAAUAGAUGUUUAUUUUUCGCAAAUAUCAAACAUUGAUAAUAACAACAAACUAUAUAUAUUAGUCGAUUCGCUUGGACUGAUUCCACAGAUUGAAUCUGUAAGUAAUCUGUGUAGUGAAGCAGAAAUUGAAGAAUAUGAGUAUUAUAACUGCAUUGAGAUUGCAUCUGAUAUUGGAAUAGAAAUGCUUCCCGAUCUGUGUGAGCGGCUCAUUGUUAGCAUGUCGGCGCGAAUACAUAAUGGAGCUGUUAAGUGCACAUGUAAUCCCGAUGGAUCAUUAAGCGCUGCAUGCAGUAAGAUUGGAGGACAGUGUCAGUGCAAACUGAAUGUUGUUGGAAGCUGCUGUAAUAGAUGUGCUGUAGGCAGUUAUGGAUUUGGUCAAAGUGGUUGUCAAGAGUGCGAUUGUGAUAGCCAAGGUUCAUUGAGCGGUUUAUGUGAUCAGGUGACUGGACAGUGUGCAUGCCGUAAAGAAGUUAAGGGUCGUCGCUGUGACAGCUGCCUGCCUGGAUAUUCUGGAUUUCCAAAAUGUCGACCCUGUCAGUGCAAUGGCAAUACAGAACUAUGUGACCCAGUGACUGGUGCUUGCAUAGACUGCAAUAAAUUUACAAAUGGAACCAACUGUGAACGAUGUAUUGAUAAUUACUUUGGAAACCCAAUAUUGGGGCAGACAUGUCGCCCAUGCAUGUGCCCAGAUUCUCCUACAAGCAAACAAUAUUUUGCACAUUCCUGUGAACAAGACCCCGAUUCUUUGGAGGUGACGUGCAGCUGUCUUGAAGGUUACACAGGAAAAAGCUGUAAAGAAUGUCCUAAGGGUUUUUAUGGAGAUGUAAAAGAAGAGGAACAGUGUUUACCCUGUCAGUGCAAUAACAACAUUAAUGUAUCAGAUCCUGAAUCAUGCGAUAAAGUCACAGGGGAGUGUUUAAAAUGUUCGAAUAACACAUAUGGAAUGAACUGUGAAUCCUGUCUACCAGGUUUCUUUGGAUCUGGACGUCUUCAGAAUUGUUCAAGCUGUGUCUGUAAUCCGAAGGGAACAAAUGUUGAGACUUGCUCGAUUUACGAGGAAGUUGGAGAAUGCGUCUGUGACAGAACUACUGGGCAAUGCCCAUGCUUGCCUAAUGUCACUGGUCUUAGCUGUGACAAGUGUGCCUCUGGAUACUGGGGUUUUAACAAUGGAAAAGGAUGUCAACCUUGUGACUGCUACCAAAAUAAUUCUUAUGGAAACCAGUGCAAUGAGCUUACAGGUCAGUGUUUAUGCAAACUAAAGUACAAAGGGAAGAAGUGUGAUCAAUGUCAAGAAAACCACUAUGGAAAUCCAAAGGUUCAAUGCACAUCUUGCAAGUGUAAUGUACAAGGUACACAAAAGCCUAUGUGUGAUAAAGAUACGGGUUCAUGCAACUGUAGAACUGGGGUCACUGGAAGAAACUGCGACCAAUGUGCUCCUAAAUUCAAACAAGAGUUCCCUGCAUGUGAACGGUGUCAUAUGUGUUUUGACCAGUAUGACCCUGAAGUAACUGCUCUGGCGGACUCUAUCCAUGGAUUGGUUAGACUAGCUGCUAAUAUUGGCCCAACCAGAUCACAAACUGGAUGUGAUGUUCAGCUGAGUAUUCUUCAAGAUAAACUCUUUGCCAUAGAGAAAAUCUUUCGGAGUCCUAUUCUGACACCUACAAAAUACACGAAAGUGAAGGACUUCUAUGAUAGCAUACGGCAGAGAUUUAAUAAAAUAAAAAUAGCAGAUUUUGGAAAGUUCAAUGAGAUUCCAAAGUUGAAUAAAACAAUAUGGGAUAUUGAGAAAGAGACUGAUGAUUUAUUUAAGGAACUGAACAAAAUAAAGAAAAAGAAAGAGAGAGAAAAUGUAAUCAAAGAGAGACAAAAUGAAAUCAAAGUCAAAGAUUUGCAAGAGUCUUUUGAUAAGAUCAAAAAACACUACAAAACAUCAAUAUCUGCUGUAGAGAAAGCACAAAAUGUUGUGCCUGUUAUUCGAACAGCCAAAAAAACGAUGAAAAACAUUUCAACUGCAUUGAACAAUCUGGAUGCAAAAGACAAACAAAAUUUUGAAAAGCUAAAUAAAAUGAAAUCUCUGCAAAUACUGAAAAUGAAUGAGAUGGUUUGUGGAACAGUUUGGGACUUUCCCUGUGAGAUUGCACCUUGUGGAGGCGCUUUAUGCCGAGAUAAGUUUGGAAAGAGAAAAUGUGGAGGGCCAAACUGUAAUGGAGCUGUUUCACUGGCAAAAGAUAGCCUGGAGAAAGCAAAGGAAUCAGAUGCUAAAUUAAAGAGUGUUGUAAUUCAUCUCCUUGAUGCUGAAAAACAGAUUGAGAACAUAAGGCGACUGGCAGAAGACACAAAGUUAAAAGCCUCAAGAUUGAACAAAACAUUAAGUAAAGCAAUGACUCGUAUAGAAGCUGACAAAACGCGCUCAAAAGAGCUUAUAAAGAAUGUUAAAGAUUUUCUAUUAGACAGUGUAACCGUUUAUCAAUGCCGAGGCAAGAAGGUACAAGGUGGAGGUAUAAUUAAGAAGCCACAGGAAGUCGAUGCUACUCUAGACCCAGAAGAAAUAGAGAAAAUAGCUAAAGACGUUCUUGCUAUUACGCUACCAGCAGCCCCUUAUGAUUUAAUUAACAUGCUGAACAAAAUGAAAAAGUAUUGUGAUGAUUACAAUCAAAACAAGAAAAAUUUGCAAAGCCAACUAGAUAGAGUAAAGAAACUCACUCAGCAAGCAAAGGAUGCCAAAAAAGCUGUUGAAAAACUUCCAAAUGGAGAUGAGGUUCGAAAUAAUUUAAAACAAACUGAAAAUGCUCAGAAGAAAACCAUCAAUUUACUAAAAAAUAUAAAUAAGGAUAUCCAAGAUAUCAGAAAUAAACUUUCACAGGCUAAAACAAAGGCAGAUUUGACUGAUAACAAAUUUAAGGCUAUAAAAGACCUACACACUCAACUUGAGACAAAGAUAGCAGACCUGCAAAAAAAGAUGCUACAGAACAGAAACACGGCUACAAAAGCACAAAAAGGUGCAAAUUCAGCUUUAGCAGCGGCAGCUGAAAGUGAAAAGAGCCUCAAUAACCUAAAAGAUAAAUAUGAGUUACUCAAGGAAAAGCUAAAGAACAGGGAGGUCCCUCCAGAGUUUUUAGAAAGACUGCAACAACUGAAACAAAAUGCAGAAGAUUUGGUGAAUGAAAUUGAUGGAAAAUUUAAUCGCAUAUCAGACUUAGAAGAGAAGAUUCAUGACCUGAACAAAGAAAAUGAAAACAAGGCCAAUCAAUUACUUCAACUAGAGGAGAGAGUCAUAGAGCUUAAGGACUACAUUUUUAAUGAAGAAAAUAGACAAGCUACCUGUAGAGCCUAGUUUUAUCUUAUUUGAUAGUUACAUUGUAUGACUUAAUAUGCUUGACUUGUUUG